CGCGGUCCGCGAUGCCGGUAUCACACCAAACGCUCUAACCGUUAAACAAUUUUUGACAACAUUAUUAAUUUGUUUAUGGACAUACUUUUACACGCAUCUCAGAAUCGUUUUUACGAUACUUUGUAUACUUUACAAUAAAUUUUACGGAUUGUUUAAGUUGUAAUCAAUAAGUUACGUGUGUGCUGUUUUUAAGUGUGUGUUAAUGUUUGUUAAACUGGAGGUGUUUUGAUUUGUUGGAAAAUUAAGGAUUUUUUGUUUUGUGCGAGAGGUUGAAAGCUUGCUGCCAAUAUGACGGACGAGUACGAUUUUGGACAUGAACUAGGGAAUGUUCCAUGGAGGCUAGUAGAGCAGAUGCAGCCACAACCAUUCAGGACGUUUAGGACUGAAUUCCAUAUGAGCAGUGCUAGUGAACACACUGCUACUUAUACCACGACCACACACUACAGUAAACAAUAUGUGAAAACAAGCCACCGCACUUCAGGUGAAAACGGCACAACGAUAACUAUAGGUGGCAGAUCGCCUCCUGACGAACCAGAUAGAGUGCUGAAUGGAGGUCGACCCCCCGACAGACACACCACACUCACGCACAUAGGAGAACCCCGAGUGGAGUUCGCUGAAAUUAGGGCUUCAAAGAGGGUCAGAAAGGUGCACGAGAGCAUUGGCACCGAUAAUAUCGCGGAUGCUGCUGGAAUUGUGAAUCCGUUUACCGGGGAGUACAUGACAAUUAAGGACGCCAUUUCGGAACGCAUUCUAGACGUCAGAACAGGAAAAAUUGUAGCAUCACCUGACGGGACACAAAUGACAAUUGAUGAAGCAAGGAAAGCUGGAUUAAUCGCACCGUCUGUUGCUGAGAAGUUACAUAGUCCUUGUGGAAUAAAUGAAAAUGGCAGGGAGCUGACCCUGCUAGAAGCCAUCCAACGGGAGCUUUACGAGGCUGAGCACGGUUCGGCAGACACCAGCGAAAAGCGGAUGAAGGUAACCCCUGCCGAGCACAGCUCCACGAUAAAUCAAGCCAUAGAUGAUGGUAGGGUAGACGUGACAGCUGGCACCUACCUCCUCGACUCAGGAGAAAGGAUCGAUAUCAGGGAAGCGUACAGGAGGGGAUACCUCCUGCAGCACACGGAAGUCAAACUGCAGACUGGCGCAGUCCCGUUGUCAGACGCUAUCACCCAAGGGUUGCUCGACGAGAAGACUGGGUGGAUUGUGGACAGAAACACGGGAAAUAAGUAUCAGGUCGAUGCGGCUAUUAAGUGCAAUGUCGUAGAUGGAGAUGUUAGAGAGGUCGUAGAUCCUAAGACUGACUCGAAGGUCACUGUAAUCCAAGCGCUAGACAAACACAUCAUUAACCCUAAACUCGGAAAAUACGUUUUCGGUCAUGAGAAACUUAGUUUCUUGGAAGCCAAGCGGCGCGGUCUUAUCGUCAAACCAAAAACUCUUAAAGAAAUUGUUGAUGACGAACUUAUCGACGAUAGCGGUAAAAUUUCCUCACCUAUGCAUCAGUCAAAACUAACCUUAUUAGAAGCAGCGAACCGUGGCGUAUUAGACGUUGACUCGAUAAGAUCCAUCUUAGACCUUAGAAAUAACGAAUACCUUACUUUGAGUGAAGCAUUACGAGAAGGUAUUAUUACUCCUGAUAGUAAGUACCAUAACUCUGUUACGAACGAACUCAUGACAAUACCGCAAGCUGUUGGCCGAGGUUACGUCAUUUCCGUUGUCAGAAAGUCUAUUUUCGACGUUGACGGUUUUCAACCACCCGAUAAGUCGGAUCAUAUUAGCUUCAACGCAGCUAACGCAAAAGGCUAUAUCAGUAAAAAUAACAACGGGAGUUUAUUAGUGAGUAAAAAGAGUGGAAAACUCAUACCUUUCUUCGAAGCUGUUAAAUCAGGUGAAGUCAAACCAGAGGUAUACGAAAUGUUGACGCGCCCUAUCGGCAUCGUCGAAAAUCAAAAAGAACUAAACGUAUUAGAAGCAGUAUUCCGUGGAUAUAUCGACCCCAAAACCGGCAAUUUAAUCGAUCUAAGUACCAAUAAAGUAAUUUAUCUCAACGAGGCUAUAGCCCAGCAUCUUAUCACUCCUGAAGGUGCUGCAAUGCUUAAUAGCCUCCUAAAUCUCAACGUAUCUACAAAAAUCACACGCACUCUAGUUCAAAGGUACGUCACCGUAACUAGUAGAGACGUCAAACAAGAAGUCAUCACAUAUACUGAAGCCCUAAGACAAGGAUUGAUUGACAAUGAAAACCAAACUUACACGGAUCCUGUGACCAAAGAGGUCAUACCCAUUGUUCAAGCUAUAAGUGAAGGUAAACUAGCUCCUGAUGCUGACAGCUCUGAAAAAGUAGUUAUCAACGCUGUGCCAAAGUCUUCUACGUCGACUGUGAUCAAAAUUAUUAGCAAGAAAGAAUCUCCCCAACUUACAGAGUUUACACAAAAGAAGAGCAGUCUGACCUCGGAGUUCAUAGCCUGCGAAAAACAAGAACUAGAGAAACAAGUAUUUGAAGUGCCAAAAGAGGGAUGGUUGUUAGGCACAGCGAUAGAGCAAGGAUUGUAUGAUCCAACCACAGGUAUGUUCAGCAUCCCUGGCUCUGGAAGAUUUAUAAACUUUGAAGAGUGCAUCAGUGUCAAACUAAUAAACCCUGCAUCCGCAUCUGUGAUUGACCCUACAACUAAGCAAAAAAUAAGCAUCACUUCAGCUUUAGAGAAAGAUGUUCUUGAUAGCACUGGACACUAUAGUUUAGAUAAAGGUACUAAAAUAACAAUGAAGGAAGCUAUAGACAGAGGAUAUAUCCUUUUAGAAGAGCCCAUGGAUGUAGAUCAGACAUCCCAAAAAACGGUUCAGAUCACGAGGGCAGAUGGAGAACCUGUCAAAGUACAAAUAGAGUCAGCUCCAAACACUUUUAUGGAUAUCUCUAGUACUACCCACGACGAGCCGAUUCAGGUACAACCUGGUGUUAUCUACGAUCCUCAGACCGACCUCGUUUUGUAUCCAGAGCAGAAGAAAACAUCAAACCUAAUAACUGCUGUUUUAGAUAGAAAGAUCCCCGAAGAGUCGGUUAUCGUCAAAGAUCCUCAAACUGGGCGUCAAAUCCCCAUCAAUCAAGCUAUAGAGAAGAAGAUUGUUGACCCGAAGGAAGGCACUUACACAGACAAAUCUGGCCAGAAGAUUUCACUCAAAGACGCUGCCAAAAUUGGGCUACUCUCUGUCAUUGGUGCACCAGUAUUAGGCUCUAAAGCUAUAGUCAAAAUAGUCAAACAGACGUUCGUAGUUGACCCUAACACUGGCAAACAAAUGCCUGCUGAAAAAGCUUUGCAAGAAGGUGUUAUCGAUCAAAAGCAGUACGAUGACAUGAAGGCGCUUGAAGGUGGAUCUUCCAGUCCUGUAAAUAUUGUAGAUCACACCACAGGAAAAGUAUAUUCUCCUGAAGAGGCAGUAGAGCAAGGUAUUGCAACAGCCCAACAGAUGGAGCGACUACAACCUCAGGUUGCUACAACCCAGAAAGCCAAAACCUUGAGCACGGCUACCAUAAGCUUAGAAGAUGGUAUGUCAGAGGCUGACAAGACCAGGGCUAGGAUAACCAUCGAACCAACAUAUAGUGUCAAAAUUGGAAGGGCACAAUCGCUUAGCCCGGAACGUGAAGCUAAGAAAGUCGUUUUACAAAAACUGAGGAAGAAAAUUGUGAGACCAAAAGAUGCUCUUAAGACAGGAAUAGUCGACGAAGAUACAGCUGAACUACUCGACAAGAAAGAUACUUUUAUGACUCCCGAAGGUCACAAAUUAACUUUACAAGAAGCGAUGGAAGCUAACAAGCUUUCCGGAGAGCAGGGUAAGAUCGUUGAUCCGCAAAGGGGUGAUCUCCUUAACAUAAAUGAAGCUAUAAACAGGGGUAUCCUGGACACAGAGGGUACCAACGAACUCCUAGUGCCUUUGAACCGUAGUUUAUCCAUUCCAGAAUUAUUGAAACAGGGUUUGUAUGACACUGAUACGCAAAAAGUCGUGCAUCCGGAAACUGGUGCUCAGUUAAGUAUUAGCGAAGCUAUUGUCUGUGAUAUCGUAGAUCCGUUUAGUACACUAGUUAAGAAAACAGGUGAUAAAAUAAAUUUAAGCGAAGCGUUAGAAACUGGCGUAAUCGACGAUGAUACGUCAACCGUGGAAACUAGUCAUGGUAGUGUAGAUUUACAUGAAGCUGUUAAAGAAGAUGUGUUUGAUGAAGAGGCGCCUCGAGGCCCAAUUGAACUCCCACCAGCCGGCAUGACAUUCCCUAUUGCUGUCAGACGAGGCUUGGUUGAUACUGACAAAAAAGAAAUUGUUCACCCGAUCUCUAAAGAAACCAUUCCAAUAAACCAAGCUAUCGAUAGCAACUUUAUCAUGGCUGUACCUUUUCCUGUUAGUCCCGAAUGUGUUAAAGUUGAAGAUGCCUUAGAGUCAAAACUCAUCGACCCGUCCACUAACACGUUCAAGUGCCCAACUACUGGUGAAGUUUAUCCGAUAUCGGAAGCCGUUGAAAGAGGCUUGCUGGUCAUUAAAGAGCCUUCAAAUGCAGUUACUUUGAGCCAUUCUGCUCCUGUUACUACUGUUACCGAAACCGUAGAUACGAUACAUACGGUUACUACGAAAACAAUAGAAAUUCAAUCUGGCUAUGCUUUGGUCAACAAAAACCAAGUACAAAACAUCGAUACGGGUGAAAUAAUGUCUAUAGACAAUGCUAAAGCUCAAGGAAUUAUUAGAGAUCUCAACGAAACCAAAAACAAAACUAUAGUCAAAGACAUCAAAAUGAGCUUUAGCGAUGCGUUACACAGAGGUCUCGUUGACAUGAAUUCUGGUACGUUCACUGACCCUCAUUCUGGUGAAAAAGUACCGAUAAAGCAGGCUUUACAAGAAGGAAAAAUAUCUGCAGUACCUGAGGUUACCCAAGAGAUGCAAAGCACUGUGUUGACAACUAAAACAACAGAACUGAAUAUUGCAGAAGCUUUUCAGACAAUUUACGACGAGAAAACUAGUACUUUCAUCGACCCUACAAAUGAUAAUAAACAACUCACAUUCAAAGAGGCUUUAGAUAAGGAAAUAAUAGAUCCCAACUCUAUGAUUUACGAUGUGAACUUGCAGAAACCGAUCACCGUUGAACAAGCUGUAGAAAAAGGGCUAAUAGAUCCAAAAUCAGGCAAAGUGAAGGACGAACAGUCUGGAAAAUCCAUAGAAUUCAAAGAAGCCGCUAAGAAAGGGCUGAUAGCAGUACUAGGGGGGCUUGCGUUGCCUGUAAUUGCUCCAGUUAUUGCUGGCGCAGCAGCUGUGAAAGCAGUCAAAGAAUAUAGAGAUAAGAAGAAACAAGAAACAUCAUCUAGUGAAGUUAUCGCACAGGAAAUAUACUCACAGAAAAACCUUAAACAUAUUCCUGUUGCAGAACAAAAACCACAGUUUAAAGAAGAAAUUGCUGUUACAAUAGAGGAGCCCCAAAAAGUGAUCAUUUUGCCUGUUGGAGACGCUAUCUCACAAAACAAAAUUGAACCAAAAAUAUGUAGGAUCAUCCAUCAGAACAGAGAAUUGCCUUUCACAGUCCAAGACGGCUUAGAGCAAAAUAAGAUUAGCCCUUUAGAUGAAAUCCAGAUUGUCACGAACUACAAAGUAAUUCUUCUUGAAGAUUUACAAACUGGAGUCUUAACUAUCUCCAAAAACAUCACAGCACAGAAACUUGCAGAGUUGGGCUAUUUCGAUCUAAGAAACCGCAUGUUCCUCAACCCACAAACCGGGCAGCACAUAACAUUUGAGGAGUUCAUAUAUGGUUUAGGCGUUUUCAAUCCCAGCUCUAUCCUAGUUAAAGACUUGACAAAGAAACCGCCCACUUAUAUUACAUUAGAUGAAGCCCUUAGUAGACCUUUGGUUGAUAAACAUACCGGUUACAUGGUUGACCCUAAGACUGGUAAGAAAGUGCCUUUCUUUGAAGCUGUUAAGCUACGUUGGAUUAUUGAUGUUAAAGAUAAGCCGAAAGAAAAAUACCAACCGUUGACCCUACAAGAGAUUGUUGAUACUGACAAGUUUGAUCCUGUCAGUGCUACUGUUACUUCAGACGGCAAAGCUAUGCCUUUGAUCAAGGCUAUUACUUCAAACGUGAUCGAUGGAAAAUCUGUCACUAUUAAAGAUCCUAAAAACAUGCAGUUGAUGCCAUACUACGAAGCUGUAGAUAGGUCAGUGGUCGAUCCUCAGAGAGGUCUGGUUGUUAACACCGCGACGCAAGAAACUAUACCGUUUUCAGCAGCAUUUCUUCAGGGACAUGUUCUUGCGAUACCUCGUCCAAUCUCUCUUCAAGCUGUUAUAAAUAAGGGAAUGUUCGAUCCGCAAAUAUCUAAAGUGAUAGACCCUUUGACAAAACAAAGUAUUUCAAUAUCUGUUGCAAUCGAGAGACAGAUCUUAGACGAUAAAAUUAGCGAAAUUAAAGAUACUAAAGAAAACGCAUUUAUUCCCCUGGACGAGGCUCUCAAAAAGAACUUAGUGCUUUCCGAAGAAGGGAAAGUCAAGGACACAAAAACUGGACAACUUGUGCCCAUACAUCAAGCUUUGGAGCAAGAUUUGAUCAGGACAAAACCAGUGGUUUUCAAUCUGUUACAAGCUAUACUGCAGAACUACUACAUACCUCGAUCUGGACUUAUAUUGAAUCCUAUCACAGGAGAUGAGAUAACCUUACAAAAAGCGAUUGAUUGUAAGCUUGUAGAUCCCGUAACCACAAGAAUAAAAGAUGACAGACGUCGAAGAAUUGUUGAAAUUAAAGAAGCUGUUCAAAACGGUUUGGUUGAUGCCGAAAAAGGAGUUUUGGUGAAUCCAUUGCUGACAUUAGACCAAGCAUAUCUCAAAGGUUAUAUAUUGAGUACGGUAUUACCAUGGUCGUUGCAAGAAACAUUAGCUCAAAAAGUCUACGAUCCUAAGACGGGGCAGUUUACAAUCAACGAUGCAAAUUUGACGUUAGUAGAAGCUAUCGAAGGUGGAAUUAUCAAUCCUAAUGUCCUCACUGUCAAAGAUCCGAGGUCAGAUGAUAUAAUAACACUCAACGAAGCUAUACAGUUAAAAUUGAUCGAUCCAGUCAAAGGUCAGGCUACUGAUCCAGUGACCAAUACCGAAGUAAAUCUCUAUGAAGCUUACGAUAAGGGCUUGGUAGUACCAUAUAAAAGUCAAAUCACGCUACCCGAAGCUGUAUUCAAAGGUUUUUACGACCCUAACACUGGCAAGUUCAUCAACCCCAAGAACAAAGAACGAUUGAAGACCUCAAGUGCUAUUAACAGAGGAUAUGUAGACAUCUCUUCAACCUUGGUGACAAUCGACGAGGAGAUAGUGACUUUCGAACAAGCUGUCAUUGACGGUAUCAUAGACACCAACGAAGGUGUUUUGAUGAGCUACAAUGAGCCAGUAGACUUCAACGAAGCCUUUGAACGAGGUUUGUUGGUCGAGGUACGACCCCCCAUAGCCCUAAGUGAAGCGAUAGCCAAGGGUAUCUACGACGAAGAAACACAGCUGUUCCUUGAUCCACAAACUGGACAGUAUUUGACACUUAUAGAGGCAAUAGAGAUCAAUCUCAUAGACGCAGAAUCUGUGAGUGUGAAAGAUACUAGGAUCGGUAUAUGGAGAAAAGUGCCUUUAGUAGACGCUAUUCACAAUAACUAUGUUGACGGGAACACUGCUAUGGUAAAAGAUUUUUCGAAAGGUGAUGGUUACGAGGUACCUCUACAAAAAGCAUUUAGCUUAGGUAUUUUGGUUGAUAACAAGGCGGCUGUAUCAUUACAAAGAGCUAUCCACCAAGGCCUGUAUGAUGAAAAUUCUGGGAAGAUUCUAGAUCCAAAUACUGACAGGAGAAUAACGUUACACGAGGCAAUCAGAAACUUCAAUAUAAAUCCUUUAAUGCCUUGCUACUUUGACAAAAAACAAAACAAGUUGUACAAUCUUACAGACACUUGUCGUUUAGGUUUUAUAGAUAAGCGUAAUGGUACAUUUAAAGAUCCUCAAUCCGACAGGGUCAUGAAAUUGUCAGAAGCGAUGAGUGCAGGCUUGAUAGUUGACAUUGAAACUGCCAACUUCGGUCUAUACGAGGCUCUAGCGAUGGGACUUUAUAUACCAGAAGAAGGGUUGUUUGUACACCCUGCGACAGGUAGGAAGUUUGAUCUCAAAGAUGCCUGUGAGCAUGAACUCAUCAACCCGUUACUAUCCAUAGUAAAGAAUAUUAAGCAGAAUAAGUAUGUACAACUUCCUGUUGCCGUUGACCAAAAAUUGAUCGAUGAUCAAGGUGGAAUGUAUUUGUUACCAAACGGCAAUUCUAUAGAUUUGCUUGAGGCAAAGAACAGAGGACUGAUAGUUACCUCUUCUACCCCACUUACUAUGGAGGAAGCGAUCAAAAAUUGCCUGUAUAGACCCGAUUCUGGUAAGUUUGCGGAUCCUGUGAACGGAGAAUUCUAUGACUUGUCUCAAGCGCUAUCUGUUGGUUUCAUCGACCCUCACACAACCGGUUUCAAAGACCCAGUGUCAAACACUAUCAAGUCAUUACCCACAGCAAUUGCUGAGCACAAAAUUGACGUUGAAAAGGGAAGAGUAUUGGAUUCGAAAUCCAAAAAAUCUUACAACUUUGACGAAGCGUUUAAAAAAGGUUUUUUGGUUACCUUGGACAAGCCCUUGGAUGAGACGUUCACAUCAAAAAUUGUAUCAGAAAAUAAAGAAUCGCCAAGACAACCGCGUGAGUGUUCUUUAGACGAAGCUAUCAAAUUCGAGUUUAUCGACCCCAACACUGCUGUUGUGAAAGACUUGCGCACGGGUAGGUUCACCCUCGUUAGUGACGCUAUUGAAAGUAAAUACUUAGACCUCAACAAACUUGUUGUGUUUGACGUGUCGUCGGGUAACGUUAAGUCAUUAGUUGUGAUCUACGAUCAAAAUAUCCCCAUCUACCACCGAGAACCACUCAGUUUCACUCAAGCUAUCGAAACAAACCUCCUUGAUGUAAACACCGGGAAAUUCGCUGUUCCACAAUCCAACGAGCUCAUACCGUUGAAAGACUCGAUCACCCUGGGUUUCAUCGAUCCAGAUACGGCGCUCAUUAAAGAUACAAACAAGAAAAAGUUGAUAAAACUACCGGAAGGAUUCAGAAAGGGCCUGAUAGAUGCUGAGAAAGGCAAUGUACUAGACAGCUCUUCCUCAAAACUUUACUCGCUACCAGCCGCUUUAGAUACCGGUCUACUAGUCACUCCGAAUCGAGGAUUUACUCUCAUUGAGUCUAUAAGCUACGGCCUCUAUAACCCCACCACAGGUUGCUUCAAUGACCCAUUUGUCACGACAAGCAUUAUAGACAGAAAAAAAUUGACACUGGGAGAUGCUAUAACAGACAACCUCGUCGAUCCAAGCAGUACUGUCGUGAAAGAUACCGAAACUGGUACAAUAGUUCCUCUACUCUACGCAAUAGAUACAGAAUUAGUGGACCCUGUGGAAGGUAGGGUCCACGAUAAAGGUGAAAACAAACGUUUAGAUUUCCUGAAAGCCCUCGAUAAGGGCCUGUUGAUGCCUGCAGAAGAAAGGCAAGCUGUUGAGGAGAAGUACAAGCUCUGCGAUGAAUCCUUAUCUAAGCUGCUACACUGGAUCGGUGAAGUUGAAGAUCGCAUCGCAUCCCAAGAUGUUCUUCACGAGGUUGAAGAAGAGCUGAUCAACCAAAUCAACACCAUGAAGCAAAUCAGGGACGACUUGGAUCAACACUCAGGUCAAGUUUCACACUGUGGCGACCAAGUGAGGCAACUGGUCCUUACAGCUGGCGAUAUUCUAUCAAAGAGCGAAGUCUCUGCCCUGGAAAAGAGCUCCAGAAACCUAAAGUCCAGAUUUGACAAAGCCGUUGACCGUACUGAAAGACUCUUGAGACGUCUCAUGACAGCCAGAGAUGAACUCAGUAAAUUGAAGAGCGAACUCACUAUUUUCUCUAACUGGCUUGGAAAAGCAAGGAGAAUUUUGGAAGACAAGGAAAGAGCGUUGAGUGACAUCCAGAGAUUGGAGAGCAGUGUGGACAGUACCAAGGAGUUUGUCAGUGACGUGAUCGCUCACCAAGCUGAUUUGAGAUUCAUUACCAUGUCUGCACAGAAGUUUGUCGAUGAAGGAAAAGAAUACUUGAGUCUUCUGAACGACUUCCGCACCUCCCUACCAUCUCGACUGCCUCACAUCGAACCUUACACCUCCCAGGACUCUCCAGUGCGCAGCGAAGUCUCGCUUGUCACCCAACAAUACCGCGACCUUUUGCACCGUGCCAAUAACCUGCAGGAUAGGCUCUCAGGAGUCGGUGGAAGACGCAGAGAGUAUGCAGAUGCCAUUGAUAAGGCUGCAGCCUGGCUCAAGGACGCAGAACCUAGGGUGAGAAGGUUGCUUGAAGAGCCGGUUGCUGGAGAUCCUAAGGGUGUGGAAGAACAGUUGCACCAGGCUAAGCAGCUCAAUAACGAGUUUGUGGCUAAUGGACGAUUGAUUGACAAUGCGAAACAGGCUACGAGCGCUUUACUCCGCUCAUUGGAAGGCCAAAUUUCUCCAUCUGAAAUGGCUCGCCUCGAAGAACCCGUCCAAGACCUUGAAAAACGUUACAAUAAACUUUGCAACGCCAUCGCAAAUCGAUGCCAAGAACUGGAUACUGCUCUUGUCCAAUCACAAGGUGUCCAAGACGCUUUGGACGGUAUAAGUGAUUGGUUGAACCAAGCAGAAAGCCAAUUCAAGAACAUGCAACGCCCUGCGUCUCUAAUCAAAGAACGUUUGGAGGAACAGGUUAGAGAACACCAAGUGUUUCAGUCAGAACUUGACACUCACAUCUCGUCCAUUGACUCUGUAUAUCUCUCUGCCAAUGAGUUGAUUGUGUCUACGAGCAACGCUCGCGUAGCCAAGAAGAUCGAAGGCAAGCUCAAUGACGUCAAAGUGCGUUUCGAGAAACUUUUCGAUCGCGUACAGAACAGAGGAGUAUUCCUGAAGGAAACCCACAACGAACUUACGGUCUUCAACAACCAAGCUGUCAAGUUCGAAGAUUGGUACAACAGCGUGCUUGAGAUCAUUGAGUCCAAGGAUAUGAACAAGCUGCCACCUGAAGAGUACGCCGUUCAAAUGAAGAAGAUCGCUGCAAAUAGAGAAGACAAUAGGCAUAUGUUUGAAGAUACUGUGAAGAUCGGUAGAGAGUUGCUGAAUAAGCGUGACGUCACUGAUGUAGCUAACGUCAGAGACCGCGUCAAGGCUAUGGAGACUCAAUGGAAAGAACUAGAUAACCUUCUGGAGGAGAGGGCUAGGCUAUCCAAGUUACGUGCUGAACAUCACAAUGCUUUCGACAGCUUGAGAUCACAAGUCAACGAUUGGUUGACCAAGAUGGAAACCAAGAUAUCUAGAUUGGACGUCGUUGCUGUUGAUAUCGAUAUUCUCAAAAAACAAAAUGAUGAACUGAAACCCAUAUCUAAGGAGUACAAAGAUUACGCAGCUAACAUUGACAAAAUCAACGAUGUAGGAAACAUGUACGAUGCCUUAUUGCGUGGCGAAAGACCAGACUCACCAACUAGACGCAAGGGAUACAGCCCUCACAAACGUCCAUCUCUCACCUCAGGACGUUUGUCAUCUCAGGAUGGCAGAUCUCCAUCACCCACUAAAGCCCUCAGUCCUCUAUCACCUGGAGGAUCCUCAGGCUUCUCUUCUCGCAGAUCCAGCCAAGAUGGCUUCCACCUUGAAGAACUGUCUGCUGUACAACAACAGCUCUCCGAAAUCAACAACAGAUACCACAUGCUCGGCGUGAAGAUCAAUGAUCGUCAUUCUGAAAUUGACUCAGUCCGCGAGGAGCUGAAGAAAUACCUGGACAACCUGAAGACUCUUGGUAACUUCUUGGAGAAAGUGCAGAGACAGCUGCCUAAAGACAGCGUACCAAACACGAAAGAUGAAGCUGACAAGCUCGCCAAACAAAUCAGACAAGUGCUAGAAGAGAUGUAUGAGAAACAGUCCCUAUUGGACUCUACCAAGAUUCAAGUGAAGGACUUGGUUAAAAGGAAGCAUAAUGCUAUCGGUGCAGAUAGGCUCAAUGACGAACUUGAGGAUGUCGUCUCACACUGGAAGAGCUUGAACGAUCACUUGAAGAAUAAGAUCAAAUUCAUGGAGGAUAUGAAGGAGUUCCAUGAUGUUCACGACUCAUUAACAUCAUGGUUGGCAGCUAAGGAACGCAUGUUGACAGUCCUGGGUCCUAUUUCCAGUGACUCUAGGAUGGUGCAAUCCCAAGUCCAACAGGUCCAAGUACUACGGGAAGAAUUCCGUACUCAACAACCUCAACUACAACAUCUCAUCGACGUAGGAGACGAUGUGCUAGGGUUCCUUGAUCCUCGUUCACCGGAUCAUCAGAAGAUCAAUACUAAGCUGGCAACCGUACAACAGAAAUGGGCUGAGUUACUCGCCAAACUUGAAGAACGCGCUGACUCGUUGGGUGCUGCCGCUGAUACCAGCAGGGAAUUCGAUGCUCAGUAUACCAGGCUUAGAGAUGCUCUACAAGCUAUUUCUGACAAUUUGGAUGAUCUUCCUCUUGAUAAGGAUCCCGAAGAACAACUUAGCAAAGUAGAGAACUUGGAGAGGCAAUUAGAAGGCCAGCGACCUCUUUUAGCUGACUUGGAAGCUAACGGUGCCCAUUUGUGCGAUGUUCUAAGCGAUCCUGCUUCCAGAGCUGACAUUCAAUCGAAGUUGGCUUCUGUAGGAAGACAGUACAAUGCCCUGCAGAAGAAACUAGACCAUAAGAAGGCAGAACUUGAAGGCUCACUGCGUGACGGCCGACAAUUCGAGGAAUCCUGCGCGAAAACUCUUGGAUGGCUAUCCGAUGAGCUUGGAUCACUCUCAGAACGAUUUUUGAUAUCUGCUAUCAAAGAAGUGCUUGAACAACAACUAGCACACCAUGAGCCAGUUUACAGAGACGUUCUUGCGAGGGAACAUGAAGUCAUAAUGCUUCUCAACAAAGGUAGGGAUAUAUUAGCCAGAAACCAUCGUGUGGAUAACAGAACACUACAGAGAGAUUUGGACAAGAUCCAACACAACUGGGAUAAACUCAGAAAAGAAGCUGUGGAUAGACACAGUAGGCUACAAACUUGCAAAGAACAUUGCAAGAAGUAUUACAAAGCAUUGGAGACAUUCCUACCUUGGUUGAGACAAGCUGAAGAUAAACUUGAGACCUUACAACCAUCUUCGUUCCAACGAAAACACAUCGAGAAACAACUGAAAGAACUGCAGAACUUCCGUAACGAGGUUUGGAAAAAAUCUGGGGACUUUGAAAACACCAGAUCCCUUGGAGAGACCUUCUUAUCUGCUUGCGAUAUUGAUAAAGAUGAAGUCAAGGGUGAACUGUCUGAUUUGAAAGAAAGAUGGGACAAACUGAACAACGAUCUAAUUUUGAAAACGCAAGCUCUAGAAGAUCAGUGCAGGAAACUUGCAGGCUUCAACGAAAACCUGAGAGAUCUUCAACACGGUGUGGAAAGAUGCGAAGACAAGUUGGCAUCUCAUGAUGCUUUGGGUGGAGCAGCUAGGGAUCCUAAGCUCCUGGACCGAAUGAAGGCUUUGAGAGAAGAAACAGCCAAGUUGAAGAAACCUCUGCAAGCUGUUAGACAGCAGGCUAACGAUCUAUGCAAUGAAGCUAAGGAGCAUGGAAUAGAUGCCAGUCACCUGAGAGAUGAAGUUGAUGGUCUUGGUGAUCGUAUCGACGAACUUUCCAGCAAAUUGGAUGAUCGCUGUCAAGACUUGCAAUCUGCCGCCACAGCUGUGACUCAAUUCAACGAACAAGUCAAGGGAUUGUCUCACGACAUGUCCGCUCUUGAAGCGGAAUUAGAUGCAAUGAAACCACCUGGCAGAGAUUUGAAGGUUGUACGUGGACAGAUUGAUGACGUUCACAAGCUCCUUGGUAAGAUCAACAAAGCUGCGGACAGUCUUGCUAGCGCAGUACACUCUGGUGAACGUCUUGUCGAUAGUGGUUUUGCACCUGAUACUGCUCAGACCAGGCAACAGGUCGAUACUCUUAAGAAACAGCUGGGUAAACUGGAAGACAGAGCACAUAGUCGCGAGAAAGACCUUGAAAAUACAUUGAAGAAAUUGGAAGGAUUCUAUGUAUCUCAUGCUAGCGUUUUGGAUGGCAUUGGUAGUGCUGCAAAUCAACUAAGACAACUUAAACCAGUUGGAUCAGAGGUAGAUAGCAUCAGAAGUCAGCAGAAGGACUUCAAGAAAUUCAGAGCAAGCGUUGUCGAGCCUCUGAGCAAGCACAUCGACGAUGUUAAUAGGGUAGGAUCAGGUUUGAUCCAAUCUGCUGCCCCAGGUGUCAACACAGCAUCUUUGGAGAAGGACCUGGAGAAGAUGAACAGCCUCUGGAAUGAUUUGAAAGAAAAGAUCAAUGACCGAGAACGUAGAUUGGACAUUGGUCUAUUGCAAUCUGGUAAAUUCCAAGAAGCGCUAGAUGGUUUGGCUAAAUGGCUAACCGACACCGAGGAGCUGGUCGCAAACCAAAAACCACCAUCCGCUGAUUACAAGGUAGUUAAAGCCCAACUUCAAGAGCAAAAGUUCCUGAAGAAGAUGCUUUUAGACAGGCAAAACUCCAUGUCAUCAUUGUUCAACAUGGGCAACGAAAUCGCAAAAGAAGCCGAACCAGCUGAACGUAAAGCUAUUGAGAAACAACUUAAAGAUCUCAUUGGGCGCUUCGAUGCACUGACAGAAGGAGCUCAGCAACGCACCAUGGACUUGGAACAAGCUAUGAGAGUAGCAAAGGAAUUCCAAGACAAGCUUGUUCCAUUGCAAGAUUGGUUGGAUCGUACUGAGAAGAAGGUCAAGGAUAUGGAGCUAAUUCCGACUGAUGAAGAAAAGAUACAGCAAAGGAUUCGUGAGCAUGAUGCAGUUCAUAGUGAUAUCUUGAACAAGAAGCCAUCGUUCAGAGAGCUUGCAGAUAUUGCAGCAAACCUCAUGUCACUUGUUGGUGAAGAUGAAGCAGCUGGGUUAGCUGAUAAGCUCCAGGAGGUCACUGAUCGUUACGGCAACCUAGUCGAAGCUAGUGAGAACAUCGGACAUCUCUUGACCGCUUCCCGCCAAGGAUUGAGACACUUAGUCCUUACAUACCAGGAUCUUGCAGCUUGGAUGGACCAGAUGGAACAAAGAUUGGCUAGAUACAAAGUCCUCGCUGUUCAUAAUGACAAACUUUUGGAACAAAUGGAUGAUUUAACCAACUUAUCGGAAGAUAUCGCGGGACGUCAAGCUGACGUAGAUGGCACUGUUGAUGCUGGAGUGGAACUCAUGCGGCACAUCUCUUCAGAUGAAGCUCUGCAACUCAAGGACAAACUAGACUCUCUACAACGAAGAUACAAUGACCUUACCACCAGAGCUACCGAUCUGCUCAAACACGCUGAAGCAAUGUUGCCGUUGGUCCAGAAGUUCCACAAUAACCAUAACAGAUUGGUAGAAUGGAUGCAAGGUGCUGAAGCAGUUUUGCAAUCUGCUGAACCUCAUGAAGGUGAAAUAGCACGCUUGGAGGUUGAUUUACAAGAGCUUAGACCAGUUUUGGAGACAAUCAACGUACUUGGACCACAACUGUGCCAAGCUAGCCCUGGUGAGGGUGCUUCCACGAUUGAAGGUCUAGUUAGUAGAGACAAUAGGAGAUUUGAUGCUAUCGCCGAGCAGAUACAAAGAAGAGCAGAGAGAAUACAUCUUGGCAAGCAGAGAGCACUUGAAGUUACUGGAGAUAUUGAUGAAUUACUCGAGUGGUUCCGUGAAGUUGAGAGCCAGCUCAGAGAUGCCGAGAAACCAUCAGCAGAACCUGAUCUCAUCAGAGUGCAACUUAAAGAGCAUAAAGCGCUUAACGAUGAUAUUUCCAGCCAAAAAGGAAGAGUGCGCGACGUACUAUCAACCGCUAAGAAGGUGCUACGUGAAAGUCCACCAAGUGAAGAUACGAGCAUCAUCAGAGAGAAGAUGGAAGACCUUCGUGAAGCUAUGGAUACAGUUUCUGCUCUAAGUUCAGACAGACUGGGUAUUCUGGAGCAAGCCUUGCCGCUGGCUGAACAUUUCCAUGACACCCACAACGUCCUCGCCAAUUGGCUGGCUGACAUGGAAGAGCAAGUCUCUAUGCUCACCAUGCCAGCUCUUAGACCCGACGUCAUUGCUCAGCAACAAGAUCGCAACGAACUGUUCCUCCAAUCUAUCAAUGAACACAAGCCUCUUGUUGACAAACUAAACAAGACCGGAGAGGCACUCAUUCGUCUCUGUAACGAUGACGAUGGUUCAAAAGUUCAAGAACUCUUGGAUAGCGACAAUGCUAGAUACGCAGCUUUGAAAUUAGAGCUACGUGAGAGACAACAAGCUCUUGAGCAGGCGUUGCAAGAGAGUUCCAAGUUCUCUGACAAACUCGAAGGCAUGCUUAGAGCCCUGACUAAUACUGCAGAUCAGGUGAACAACUUAGAGCCAAUAUCCGCACAUGUGCCUAAGAUUAAGGAUCAGAUCGAGGAUAAUGACAACUUGGUCAACGAUUUGGACAAGAGGAAAGAAGCUUACGCUGCAGUGAGGCGAGCCGCGGAUGACGUCAUCAGCAAGGCGGGUAACAGAGCCGAUCCUGCUGUGAAAGAUAUCAAGCACAAACUCGACAAACUGAAGAAACUGUGGGACGAUGUCCAAGCUGCUACACACGAUCGCGGCAAAUCCCUCGACAAUGCUCUGGAUGCGGCUCAGAAAUUCUGGAAGGAGUUGCAUGCAAUCAUGGCGACCCUCAAGGACCUGGAAGACUCUUUGGUGUGCCAGGAACCACCAGCUGUCGAACCGAAAGCCAUUCAAGAGCAACAAGUGGCACUGCAAGAGAUCAGACACGAGAUCGACUCGACCAAACCGGAAGUCGACCAAGUCAGGAGUUCUGGAGAGAAGCUGAUGAGACUUUGCGGAGAGCCAGACAAACCAGAAGUGAAGAAACACAUCGAAGAUCUGGAUAAUGCUUGGGAUAAUAUCACGGCGUUGUACGCCAAGCGUGAGGAAAAUCUUAUUGAUGCUAUGGAGAAGGCUAUGGAGUUCCACGAAACUCUCCAGAACUUGCUGGACUUCCUUGAUAAAGCUGAGAGGAAGUUUGAGAAGAUGGGUCCACUUGGUGCUGACAUUGAUGCUGUCAAGAAACAGAUUGAUCAGCUGAAAAUGUUCAAGGCUGAGGUUGAUCCGCAUAUGGUGAAAGUUGAAGCUCUCAACCGGCAAGCCCAAGAACUAACUGAACGCACCUCUGCCGACCAAGCGGCCGCUAUCAAAGAACCUCUGUCAGCUGUCAACAAGAGGUGGGACGACCUCUUGCGGGGCAUCGUGGAACGUCAAAGGGCGUUGGAGAACGCACUCCUGCGCUUGGGACAAUUCCAGCAUGCGCUCAACGAGUUGCUGGUGUGGAUCGGAAAGACCGACAGGACUUUGGACGAGUUGAAACCAGUCGCAGGUGAUCCGCAGAUUCUGGAGGUGGAGCUGGCUAAACUCAAAGUGUUGGUCAAUGACAUACAGGCGCAUCAGACCAGCGUGGAUACGCUCAACGAUGCUGGAAGGCAGAUUAUAGAGAGCGGAGAAGCUGACGAAGCUAGCGCCACUCAGACUAAACUGAACACACUCAACACCCAGUGGCGUGCUCUUAUGCAAAAGGCUGCCGACAGACAACGAGAACUUGAGGAUGCGUUGACGGAUGCUCAAAGAUUCAACGCUGAAAUUCAAGACUUGCUAUCUUGGUUAGGAGACGUCGACAGUAUUAUAACAGCCAGCCGACCUGUAGGAGGACUGCCAGAAACAGCUUCGGAACAACUUGAAAGGUUCAUGGAGAUCUACAACGAAAUCGAAGACAACAGACCCAAAGUGGAGACUGUCCUUGCUCAAGGUCAGGAAUACCUCAAGAAAGCCACAACACCUGCUAGCAAUCUUCAACACAAUCUGAGAACCUUGAAGCAACGUUGGGAUAGUGUAUUAGCAAGAGCCAACGAUAAGAAGAUCAAAUUGGAGAUUGCUUUGAAGGAAGCUACCGAAUUCCACGAGUCUCUACAAGCUUUUGUGGAUUGGUUGACCAACGCAGAGAAGGUUCUUUCUAACUUGAAACCAGUAUCUCGAGUACUGAACACCAUCCAAGAACAGAUCGAGGAACACAAGAUCUUCCAGAAGGAUGUCAGUGCUCACCGUGAGAUCAUGCUUGCCUUGGACAAGAAGGGAACUCACUUGAAAUACUUUAGCCAAAAACAAGACGUGAUUUUAAUCAAGAACUUGCUCAUCAGUGUACAGCACCGAUGGGAGCGAGUGGCCUCAAAAUCUGCUGAGCGCACCAGAGCCUUAGAUCUGGGCUACAAGGAGGCUAAAGAGUUCCACGACUCUUGGGCUGGUUUGAUGAACUGGCUGGAUGAAACCGAGCAAAACUUGGACGAAUUCUUGUCAGAGACGGUUGGCAAUGAUCCAGAAAAGAUCAAGAGUAGACUGGCCAAGCAUCAAGAGUUCCAGAAGGCGCUAUCUGCCAAACAAGGAACUUACGACAAUGUCAUGAAGACUGGCAAACAUCUGAAGGACAAGGCUCCUAAGACCGACGAGGGAACAUUGAGGCAGAUGCUGUCAGAUCUGAAGAACAAAUGGAACUCAGUAUGCCACAAGAGCGUAGAAAGACAGAGGAAACUAGAAGAAGCUCUGUUGUAUUCAGGACAGUUCAAGGAUGCUAUCGCCGCACUGCUGCAAUGGUUACAAAGGGCUGAGAAAGAUCUGUCAUCUGACAGUCCCGUACACGGUGACUUGGACACUGUGAACCACUUGGUUGAUCUGCACAGGCAAUUCGAGAAAGAAUUGGAGAAGCGCAAUGGCCAGAUGGAGUCUGUUAUGAGAAAUGGGCAAGAACUUGAGAGGACCGCGAGCAAACAUGAUUCCAUCCAGAUAAGAGCCCAACUAUCUGAGCUUACCGAACUCUGGGAAACAGUCACCAACCUGGCAAACGUCAAAACGGGCAGGCUGCGAGACGCUCUCCGCGAAGCCGAGAAACUCCACAAGUCGGUCAACAUGAUCCUAGACUGGCUGUCAGAGGCUGAGAUGAAGCUGAGGUUCGUCGGCAGUACGCCUGAAGACGAAGCUACGGCUUAUGAACAGCUGCGCGCUCUCGACGAGUUCAGAGCUCAACUUGGCGAGAAGGAGAUCGAAAAGGAUCAGACGCUAAACUUGGCUCACAGCAUUCUCGCCAAAGCGCAUCCGGAUUCUAUCAAUGUCAUCAAGAACUGGAUCAAGGUUAUUCAAUCCAGAUGGGAAGAGGUAUCUCAAUGGGCGCUUCAACGCCACCAAAAACUCUCUCAGCACAUGCAAUCUUUGCGCGACAUGGAUGAAACUUUGGAGGAGCUCAUCCAAUGGUUGAUCGGCUUGGAAAACACACUUAUAGCCCUGAAACGAGAAGAACUCCCCGCUGACAUUCCAACUACAGAAAGGCUCAUCGCUGACCACAAAGAAUUCAUGGAGAACACCCAGAAAAGGCAAGGAGAAGUGGACAGAGUAUGCAAGGCCAAACAGGUACGACCUGCUGGACAGCAAGGUCAGAAGAAGUUUGGAGCUGGUGCCAAAGGAAAGGGACCUUUACGCGGAUCACAGCACGAUAUUCACGAUUCAUCACCAGAUAUCUAUGGGUCACUGGGUAGGAAACAAAGCUUCAAAGGAUCUAGGAGUGAUCUCCAACGCGGCAGCCGUGUCAGCCCUGGAAGGGAAUUCAGUCCGGAUCCUAUGUUGCCCCAUAUUGGGCCACGGUUCCCUCCUGCUGGAAGCGAACCAGAAUUCAGAUCACCAAGGGUUAAAUUCCUGUACGACAAAUGGAGGCACGUUUGGAUGCUAUCAUGGGAAAGGCAGCGUGAGUUGUACGACCAUUUGGCUUAUCUAAAGGAGAAGGAGAAGGCAGACAACUUCUCUUGGGACGACUGGAGGAAGAGGUUCCUCAAAUUCAUGAAUUACAAGAAGUCCAGGUUGACGGAUCUGUUCAGGAAGAUGGACAAGGAUAACAAUGAAUUGAUACCGAGAGAGGACUUUAUUGAAGGAAUCAUCAAGACCAAAUUCGACACCUCUCGGUUGGAAAUGAAGCAUGUAGCAGACAUGUUCGACGAGAACAACCGUGGUCUGAUCGACUGGAAGAAGUUCAUCGCCGCUUUGAGGCCUGAUUGGGAAGAACGUCCUGUGGACAACGAUGCUCAGAAGAUCCACGAUGAGGUCAAACGGCUGGUGAUGCUGUGUACCUGCAGGCAGAAGUUCAGGGUCUUCCAGGUCGGAGAGGGCAAGUACAGGUUUGGUGAAAGCCAGAAACUUCGUCUUGUCCGUAUCCUCCGCAGUACCGUAAUGGUGCGUGUCGGAGGUGGUUGGGUAGCACUGGACGAGUUCCUGCUCAAGAACGAUCCUUGCAGAGCCAAGGGACGCACGAACAUCGAGCUGCGCGAGCAAUUCAUCCUCGCCGACGGAGUGUCUCAGACCAUGACUGCGUUCAAGCCGAAGACGUCUGCAGGCUCAUCCCCUCGCACACCGCAACAGGGGCCAAUCACCAAGGUGAGAGAACGCUCCCAACGCUCCGUGCCAAUGGGCGGACUGCCCCGCGCUUCCAAGUCAUCUUUAAGCGCUGGAACGCCAGACUCCCUUUCAGACAACGAGAGUGGCGGAGGUACCUUCAGGACUCCCAGAAGGCCCUCGUCCAGUUACAGAUCGACCUUGACGCCGGGAGGAUCCAGGAGCAACUCCAGGCCGCAAUCGAGACAGGGCAGCAGGCCGGGAAGCAAACCGGUCUCCAGGCAUGGAAGCAAUCUCAGUUUGGAUAGCACGGAUGAUGCGACACCAUCAAGGAUACCAAGAAGAACCCCAACAUCAACUCCAGGAAGAAGUGGAUCCACCUUAUCAUCCGCAAAAAAAUCAACAAAUGGGGCAGGAUCUAGACCAAGAACACCUACCGGAUUGAUUUCCCCAGCUAGUCCCUCAGUCAGGCGAAGAUCUGAUAGCACCAGGCUAUCUUUUCGUUUGAAAAGCAGAGAGAGUACUGACGAUUAAAAGUCCAAACACAUAGUUAGUAGUUACAGGACGCGAACACCAUCCGGUUCCAACACCCCAGUGCAUCCCGAUCAACAGACAGCAGUGUCAAAGCUGCUUCGGAGGCCCUCUGGUGCUUCCGAAACUCCGACUGGUCAAGCCCGUAAAAAACAGCUAUUGUCAGAGCGGGAACCCUUCCGGUUGUAGGUUUAGGUUUUAACUUAUUGCAAACCUUAACAUUGACUGACAUAACUUAUAGAUUUUUGUUCAAGAGAAAUGUUCAUAUUUUUGUAUAAAUAAUUUAUUCAUUUUUUGGGGGCCUCUUCGUCCGACAAAACUGGGAAGUUUUGCCUGAUGGAGAUGCCUGUCCUUGACCUUAGGUUUAAUAUUAUGUAUAAGAGUAAAUAUUUGAGUUUCUUCUUAGUUCUUCGAACUUAAUUUAUUUCCCAUGUGAUUAAUUUUUUGUUUUUCUUUUUUUUUUGUAAAUUGUUGCCAUAUUAUGAUGCAAAUCCUUAUCAGUAUGUAUAUUGUUACGUAUAGCACGAUUCGAGUUAAACUUUUUUAAUUUUGAUUGAAGCAGAUUAUGUGUAUAUUAUUGGCAAGUGGGACCAUUUUUUUAACGUUUACUUAAGUUGUACUAAUUUUUCCUAACCCGCUUCUCAAAUAUACCUAGAAACGAUUAAUGAAUUUUGCAAUGUUGCCAACACUUGCUAAGGUGGUUAAAAAAAGUCAAAGUGUGAUUACCAUUUUUUAAAGUCCUCCUUUCAUAAUCGCCAGUAUGGAAGGUAGACUUAAAAUAGAGUUUAUUUACAUGUAUGCUUUUGUAUAAUUUAACUCUUGUUAUUGAAUAAAAAUAAACUAAAUUUUAUUAAUAA